AUGACGGCCCAUAACCACACCUCCACGCUUCCCUCUCCCCCUACCCGUUCGACCGCCGCCGCCGCCGACGACCUUGUUCCCCGCCUGCAGGCACUCGCGACCUCGAGCCCCGUUACACAAGAGAAGGCCUCAGGCUCGCUGAACAUUCCCGCCAGCACCGUCUCUCACAAAGAAGCUGUGGCUCUUAAAAAGGAUUCGGCGACUACACAAAGCACCACCGACGUCCGCAUCGAGCAACCACCGUCUCCAAAAGAAGAGAUUCCAGCUGGUACUGUUCUAGCCAUGGGCAAAGCAAUGGGCAGUCCUACCUCCGAGCGGAGGCCAUCGACCCCUCGCGCGCAGACGGAACCCUCGCCCUCUUUCGACGCGCUCCCUACGCAUACACCCCGGGCUCGCAACCGCUCACCCUAUUCGCGAUCGCACCUGCGUUCUUCGAGCGGUAGCUCAGUGACCGCCCCGCCUAUGAUGCGGGCGCACUCUCUCCCGACUGUCAUCAACCCUACCGGCCACCUUGCCCUGUCGCCUUCACCGAUGCCUGCUCGACCUUCCUCACCGCUUCGCUCUCCCAAGCGCACAAGGAGCCCUCGCGGCCAGCCCACGCUCUACGAAGAUUCGUACGCACACUCCGGAGCACCCAGCGUGUGCGACAUCUCCGAGGAUGCGGAGCUUGAAUUAACCCCCCAGGUGGGCGCCGUUCAGCCUUCGCCCAUCUCGAGCUUGUACAGCAGCACCGGCUCUCUGUCCAGGCGAAGGAGGCCUGCCUCUCCGCUUCACCAAGUCUCCUUCGGUGGAGCGCCCAUGGCACCCCCAGUCCGUACGCCUACCUCUGGCUCCCCGUCUCCGUUGCUGUCAGCCACCAAGUUCAACGAACCAUUCCCUGGCACGAGCUCGCACUAUUCCUCCUCGCUUCCUUCGUCGUCUGUACCGUCUACCCCGACUUCGAUGCGUUCCCGCAGCCCUUCGAUCUCUUCCCUUGAGACCAUACCAGAUAGUCCAGACGCGGAAGAGGAGGCCAUCGAGGCAGACCGCAUUGCCAAGUUAAAGGCUGCCGCUGAUCGCGAGGAAGAGCGAGAGGGAGGUAGGCGAUCAAGCCUCGACGUUCCUGGGGGUAGCGGACGAGCCUUUGGGUUCGGCAAGCGGGACUCCAGGAAACGGUGGAGUGUCUGCGGUGCUGAAAGGCGCGGAGACCUUGAUCUGGAGACGAUCUGGGAAGACUAA